UCCACUCUACCCGUGUGCAGCAACACGCCAGAGAAGGGCUAUAACAUUAAAAAAACCCAGAAGUGAAACUAGCUAGUGGAGCCAGAUAUGACCAAAAUAGUCUUUAAUUUGUCAUAUUUGGAUGAAUAUAAUGACACUGACUACUCUGACUUCGAAGACAAUGCCAGUCCAUGCCACCAGGACCCUGUGGGCCUCAACAAGGGGGCUCUGAUAAGCACCUACAGUGCUGUGUGCUUCCUCAGCCUACUGGGCAACACGCUGGUCAUCUAUGUAGUCUGCUCCAUGAAGAGACGGAGGACCUCCACCGAUGUGUACCUCAUGCACCUGGCAGUGGCCGACCUCCUGUUCUCUCUGACACUCCCAUUCUGGGCAGUCUACAUCAAUUCCCAGUGGAUCUUCGGCACCUUCAUGUGCAAGCUGCUCUCUGGUCUGCAGGAGGCGACCUUCUACGGCGGCGUGCUUCUGCUUGCCUGCAUCAGCGUUGACCGCUACCUGGCCAUCGUAAAGGCCACCCAGGUCAUCUCCCAGAAGCGGCACCUGGUGGGCGUGGUUUGUGGCGGGGUGUGGCUGGGGGCGGGGCUGCUUUCCCUACCCAUCCUGGUCCAGCGGGAGGCCUUCGAGGCGGAAAGCAGCGGCGAGCUGGUGUGCCACGAGAACCUGACGGCGGAGACCAUGGGCGAGUGGCGGGUGGGCGUGCGCGUGCUGCGCCACACCGUGGGCUUCUUCCUCCCGCUGGCUGUCAUGAUCUUCUGCUACGGCUUCACCAUGGCGACGCUCUACCGCGGCCGCAACAGCCAGAAGCACAAGGUCAUGCGCGUGAUCCUGUGCGUGGUGCUGGCCUUCGUAGUCUGCUGGCUGCCCAACAACGUCACCGUCCUCGUGGACACGCUGAUGCGCGGCGGCCUCAUGGAGGAAACCUGCGACUUCCGCAACCGGGUGGAGCUGGCCCUGCAGGCCACUCAGGUCCUGGCCUUCCUGCACUGUGCCGUCAACCCCAUCCUCUACGCGUUCAUUGGGCAGAAGUUCCGCAACCAGCUCCUGUCUGCCCUCUUCAAGCACGGCCUCAUCAGCAAGAAGGUCCUGUCCACCUACAGGAGGGGCUCCAUCCACAGCUCCAACUCCCGGAACACAUCUGUCACACUGUAGGACCAUCCCUGGUACAGAGCUAUGGUAACAAUGUACAUUGAGUACAUGCCAAGCCACACAGUGACAUCAUGCUACCACAGCUUUAUGGAGAAGCUUUAAAUUGUCAUUAUGCUGCAUAGUAACUCUGAAACCCAAAUACUGAACA